AUGUUAUGCGGGGUCAUAGCUACUCAAUUUGAACAAGAUCUUCGACAUGGAAUGAUUGUAAUGAUAGUACUGGAUGACUCAAAUUCAGGUGCUUCAGACCUUGAGAAACUUCGAGAAUAUAUAGAAAAAGAUCUUGGAGGAGAAAUCAAACAUGUAUACAAUACAGUAUUUUACGGAGUAGCAGUGACUUGGUCGGAAUUGAACAAGUUAUACUACCAUCUUUCUAAAUUGGAACAAGUAGAUGAGCUUGAUUUGGAUGAUGUCCGAUUAAUCAAUAAGGGGAUAAUCCAACUAGUAGAAAAGUUAGGAUAUCCAGUAGAAAUCCUGGCCGAUGGUUUGGUGGGAAGUAACAUUUAA